GAGGAGGCUACAAGAAAUCUGGUGAAGCUCCAGAUAAUAGCCACUGAUAGAUACUAUAAUUAAACAUGUAACUUUAAGUAUGUUGGGAUCUCCAAUGGGCACUAAUGUUUUAAAAUUUAAUUGCUUACCCUUCAUUUAACAAAUAUUCCACCUUCUAUACUCUGGGUUCUUGGGAUCCCUCACGGAGAUUCCAGCACCUGUGCCCUCCUGAAGCAUCCCUUCUUGAACUCCUUAGUUGCGGGAUUAGAGUCAGAUAACUCACUGUGUUCAGCCCCUCCGGCUUAUGGUCUUUGUCAAAUACAUGGCCUUCUCAAUUGGUCUGGCUGGCUCCGUCCUGAUGAGCCUCGUGAGACUCCAGCCCAGGCCUGGCCUUCACUUCAGUUGGCAGAACCCAGCCCUGGGCAAAGGUCGGGGGUUCGUUAUGUGAGGCAAGGGGUUGUGUGCUCUAAUCUUUUCUGGUACCAGGUUGUGUGUGUGUGUGAUUGGGAGGGAGGAAGAUAGAGAAGAUGUAAUUGAUUUGGGGAGGAUUUGGGGAAGGUUUAUAUAGGAAAGCAGCAAGAUCAAGAACCUACUGCCAAGCGGUGACCAAGAAACGUUCACCAUAUUCCUCCUCCAAACCCACACUGUUUGCCAAAUCUUAACCAAAUUAGCAUAGUGCGGUCUGCUUCCAUACAUGACUGAGUGAAUAAGGAAAUUUCAACGUCUUUGCCAUAAAGCCUGGAGGAAACCAUACGAAAAUCCAGCCUCUGUUUCAGGAGUGUCUGCCGGACUAUUGGUCCUACAGGUAUGGAUCUCUGGCAACUGCUGUUGACCUUGGCAGUGGCAGGCUCCAGUGAUGCUUUUUCUGGGAGUGAAGCCACACCAGCAUUCUUUGUCAGAGCAUCUCAAAGUCUGCAGAUACUAUACCCAGUCCUAGAGACAAAUUCUUCUGGGAAUCCUAAAUUCACCAAGUGCCGUUCACCUGAACUGGAGACUUUCUCAUGUCACUGGACAGAUGGGGCUAAUCACAGCUUACAGAGCCCAGGAUCUGUACAGAUGUUCUAUAUCAGAAGGGACAUUCAAGAAUGGAAAGAAUGCCCUGAUUAUGUCUCUGCUGGUGAAAACAGCUGUUACUUUAAUUCAUCUUAUACCUCCGUGUGGACCCCCUACUGCAUCAAGCUAACUAGCAAUGGUGGUAUUGUGGAUCAUAAGUGUUUCUCUGUUGAGGACAUAGUACAACCGGAUCCACCCGUUGGCCUCAACUGGACUCUGCUGAACAUCAGUUUGACGGAGAUUCAUGCCGACAUACUAGUGAAAUGGGAACCGCCACCCAAUACAGAUGUUAAGAUGGGAUGGAUAAUCCUGGAGUAUGAACUGCACUACAAAGAACUAAAUGAGACCCAGUGGAAAAUGAUGGACCCUUUAUUGGUAACAUCAGUUCCGAUGUACUCGCUGAGACUGGAUAAAGAGUAUGAAGUGCGUGUGAGAACCAGACAACGAAACACUGAAAAAUAUGGCAAGUUCAGUGAGGUGCUCCUGAUAACAUUUCCUCAAAUGAACCCAUCUGCAUGUGAAGAAGAUUUCCAGUUUCCAUGGUUCUUAAUUAUCAUCUUUGGAAUACUUGGGCUAUCAGUGACAUUAUUUUUACUCAUAUUUUCUAAACAGCAAAGGAUUAAGAUGUUGAUUCUACCCCCAGUUCCAGUUCCAAAGAUUAAAGGAAUUGAUCCAGAUCUCCUCAAGGAAGGAAAAUUAGAAGAGGUGAAUACAAUCUUAGCCAUUCAUGACAACUAUAAACACGAAUUCUACAAUGAUGACUCUUGGGUUGAAUUUAUUGAACUAGAUAUUGAUGACCCUGAUGAAAAGACUGAAGGGUCAGACACAGACAGACUUCUGAGCAAUGACCCUGAAAAAUCACUCAAUAUCUUUGGGGCAAAGGAUGACGACUCUGGGCGUACCAGCUGUUACGAACCUGACAUUCUAGAGACUGAUUUCCAUGUCAGUGACAUGUGCGAUGGUACCUCAGAGGUUGCUCAGCCACAAAGGUUAAAAGGGGAAGCAGAUAUCUUGUGCCUUGAUCAGAAGAAUCAAAAUAACUCACCUUCUAAUGAUGCUGCCCCUGCUAGCCAGCAGCCCAGUGUUAUCCUAGUAGAGGAAAACAAACCAAGACCACUUCUUAUUGGUGGAACUGAGUCAACUCAUCAAGCUGUCCAUACACAGCUCAGCAAUCCAAGUUCAUUGGCAAACAUUGAUUUUUAUGCCCAGGUAAGCGACAUUACACCAGCAGGGAAUGUGGUCCUUUCCCCAGGCCAAAAGAAUAAGACUGGGAACCCCCAGUGUGACAUGCACCCAGAAGUGGUCACACCCUGCCAAGCAAACUUCAUCAUGGACAACGCUUACUUCUGCGAGGUAGACGCCAAAAAGUACAUUGCCCUGGCCCCUCACGUCGAGGCUGAAUCACAUGUAGAGCCAAGCUUUAACCAGGAAGACAUUUACAUCACCACAGAAAGCCUUACCACUACAGCUGGGAGGUCGGGGACAGCAGAACAUGUUCCAAGUUCUGAGAUACCUGUCCCAGAUUAUACCUCCAUUCAUAUAGUACAGUCUCCACAGGGCCUUGUACUCAAUGCGACUGCCCUGCCCUUGCCUGACAAAGAAUUUCUCUCAUCAUGUGGCUAUGUGAGCACAGACCAACUGAACAAAAUCAUGCCAUAGCUUUUCUUUGAUUUCCCAUGAGCUACCCAUUGAAUGGCACAGAGUUGGCUGGGGCACGAAUGCUUAAACCAAAACAAUGUUUAAACUUUUGGGGGGAGGGGGUGAGUUGAGGGUGGGGAAUAUGAAUUCUAAAUGCCUUUUCCUGAAAUGUUGAAACGUGAUAUUAAAAAAAGAAGAAGAAUCCUUAAUCAGAUAGAUAUUCCUGUUGUGAAUUGUAAAUAUUUUAAAGAACUGUCUCAAAGACUGUUUAGUGGCAGUAAUUGUCUUGUUAUUGUGGGUGUUAAUUUUGUGCUACUAAGCAUUGAAUGGCUAUGUUUUUUAAUGUAUAGUUAAUCAUGCUUUUUGAAAAAGCGAAAAAUCAGGUGGCUUUUGCAGUUCAGGAAGAUUGAAUGCAAAUCAUAGCACAGGUUAAUUUUUUUAAGAAUUGGGAACUAAAAUUAUAGGUAAGAAGACAGGAAAUAGUUUGGAUAUGUAAAACAUUUAUUUUGGCAUAAAAUGGAUAAAGAUAUUUUUAAUAAUUUACACUUUAAGCAUGGCUAUUUUCUAUUACACUGUACACGGUGUACUGUAGUUCAUGCCAACCCAUCUAAAGAAUGUAAUAACUGCAGUCUAAAGCUGGUUUAAUGCUUUGGUCAAUGCACCUGAAGAAAAACUAGUUUUUUACAAGCCCCUUUUUAUACCUCCUAAAACUCUAAGUGAUUCUGAAAUGAUUGUAGUUAGCUGCAUUAUUGGAAAGUGCUCAUCUUAUCUGAAUUUGUAAACAAAUAUUUGUUAAUUUAGAAAACUUUUAAAUGUUUGCACAAGUCAACUUACCAUGAACCAAAAAAAAAAACAAAACCCACAGAACAACAACAACAAAAAACCUUUUCUUACCCAAGUUUUGGUUCAUGUCAGAGGGCUACAUACUAACAGAAGUAGAAAUUACAGCUCGUUCCUAUUGACCAGGAUGCUUAAUCACUGCGGUACCCUGGGAAAAAGUGUCUUAGUGCAUGCAUAUCAUGAGUCAAGCCUUAGAACCUCCACCGCAAUGUCUUGUAUUUCAUAUUUAUCUAAGGAAGGAAUAGGAAUAAGAAGCAUUUUGUAAGUUGAAGCUGGUCAAAGUGAAGUUAACCAGAUUAUGGAAUAAAAGUUCAGGAAGUAGGUUUUUCUUUCAUAGCCGAUAGCCAGACACAUACUCACUGUUAGUGAUGAUGAGAAACAAACAAACAAACAAAAAAAAAAACCAAGAUUUUAAAUCCCGAAAGAUAACUCAAAAAUUUAUUAAAACCCAUAGCAGAAACUUUCUUCCUCACAUUUUUUGUAGGAUUUAUUUGAAGCAGUAAAAUGAGUUUCAUCAUUUUUUACCUCCCCUCUGAGUGAAUUGGCCUUAAAGCUGGUAGUUAGAAGAAAAAGGGGUCUGAGUAAUUUAUAAGUUAUUGCUCAAUCCCUUAAUAAACUAAACAUCAUUCACAGGAGCAUUGGGAUUGCUCCACAAAAUGUUUGUCAAAAAGAGAAAACUCAUCUCACCCGUGAAUGCUUCUCACUUUAAGUAUUUUUUAAAAGUUAAUAAAACUUUAAAGUUAGCUUUAACUUAAAAAGCAUAUUUGCCAUUUAGCUCAGAUCUUUUUAGAAAAUAAGCUUAAUGGUUGGUAAUUUUAAAUUCCUUCUUUCUUGCAGGAAGGACAGUGAAAAAUUAGAAUUGGGUGUUUAAAGUUCAACAUGUUACUUGUAAUAAAUGUUCAAUAGGUUUUCUGCUAUCUUGCUGCUAUGGUGUUCUCUAAGAGCUACAUAAUUUAGUUUCAUAGACAAUUUCAUCUAUGUAGAACCUAAUUCAACUUAAAACUGUGUGUUUGGGGAAACUAUCUUACCAUUUCACAGUAGGCUGACGACAUUUCUAUAGCCAAAAAUAGCUAAAUACCUCAAUCGGUCUCCGAAUGUCAUUUUGGUACUUUGCUGGCCACACAAGCCGUUAUUCACUAGUAUGACUAGUUGUGUCCUGCAGUUUAUAUUUAACUUUCUUUAUGUCUGUGGAUUUUUUUCCUUCAAAGUUUAAUAAAUUUAUUUUCUUGGA